AUACUGACAGCAGAUAGCACUUGUUGCGUGUAGAAAAUACAGGUAGCGUACGUAGUGAGUGCCUUUGACGGAUACUGCAAUUUGCCGCUGUUUUUCCCUGUAACUUUAAUUUGCUGUAUGCAUAGUGUGUGGCUGCUUCUCGUCUGCUUUUUCGGAAAAAUUAAGCAAAUUGCAUUCUCCUGUAUUUGUUUUUGUGGAUGCGAUAAAAGUUGAAGAUCUUAAAUUUCACAUCUGGUGGUGCAAAUCGAUCCCGAAAUAUCCGUGAAACGACUCACUGAAUCUUUUUGGGACAAUUAUCGUUGAAGUUGCGCAAGAGCUUAUCGACCAUGGGAUUUACAUUCUGUCCCUGUCGCAAAUGUUGGGGAUCAAAGCUCGACCCGGAAGCACAAAGGAUCCACGAUGCCGUUAAAAAACAGCUAACCCGGGACAGAGAAAUCUACCGCAAUAAAAUGAAAAUUCUUUUGCUGGGCGCCGGCGAAGCAGGGAAAUCCACCAUUCUCAAGCAAAUCCAGAUGAUUCACGGCAGACAGUACUCGGACGGCGAGCGGAGACAGUUUGUCGUACUCAUCCGUCGCAACCUGCUGGAUGCCAUCCAAACGCUGAUACAUGCCAUGGACCAGCUGAACAUCCAGUAUCAAGACGACGCCAAUGCUUCCCUUGCCCAAAAAAUCCGGUCGCUGUCUCCCACUGACAGCGUGUUCGAUCAGGACACAGCCAACAAAACAGAACAACUGUGGCGCGACGAGGGCAUCCAGCAAGCGUACGACCGCCGUCGGGAGUUCGUUCUGAGUGACUCGGCGAAAUUCUUCCUUGACCAAGCGGCCGCCAUCGGGACGGAUGAUUUCCUUCCCGAUGAUCACUGCAUCAUGCGGAUGCGCGUGGCCACAACGGGGAUCGUGGAAUAUCCGGCGCAUUACAGAGGCAUGGAUUUGCUCUUUGUCGACGUGGGCGGACAACGGACGGAGCGACGCAAAUGGAUUCAUGCGUUUGACAACGUCAGCUCUCUGUUCUUUGUGGCCUCGUUAUCGGACUACGACCAGAUGGUGGUGGAAGCAGCGGGCAAGAAUCGUAUGGAGGAAAGCGUGAAUUUAUUCGAUACGGUGCUUCGCACACCGUACUUUCGUUCGUCGACUAUCAUCCUGUUCCUGAACAAAAUGGAUCUUUUGGAAGAGAAAAUUCCCCACAGUCGUUUGGAGGAGCACUUUCCGGAGUACAAGCCUAAUUUACCGGGCUCUGGCGAAAGCGACUACGAACGCGCUAGGAAGUUUAUUAAAAGUCUCUAUACCGACGUUUUCGCCGGCGCCCGAUUAGCGGGAAGGGAUGAGGAUUCGAGCUUGUAUUCACACUUUACGUGUGCUACGGAUCGCAGUUGUGUCGAACGCGUCUAUUACAAUAUUCGUGAUGACAUUUUAAACAGGGCGCUAGGCGAUUAUGCUGUAGGCUAGUAACAACGUGCCUUUCGCAGUUUUUCUGUAAAAUUUCCUUCCUUUCUUUAGUUUCUUGAUGUUUGUAUAUGUAUCGCAUAUCCUUGCUUAUCUGUAUAACAACCAACAGUGAUUAUGUGAUGCUUUUGAUUAACAGCAAUUACGGACCUGAUUGGUACAUAAAGAGAAUA